AACGAGUCUAUGCAGAGGUUUUGCUGGGGUGGUUCCUCAUAAAUCCAUCCACUUAUUCUCAAAUACUAAAAAGGGAAGGCCACUCUUAUCUUUCCAAUUCCCACACUCGUCAAUCUCUUCCCCCAAAUCCCAAACCAAACCCGAACCAAAAACCCUAGCUCCGUCGUGCAGCGAUGGACAUCGAGCAAAAGCAAGAGGAGCUGAUCGAUCACUUCGUCAAGCAAGCCUCCUCUCUCACCGGCUCCGCCCUCUCCUCCGUCGUCGCCGACGCCACCUCCCACCCUUCCCUCUUCGCCUUCUCCGAGAUUCUCGCCCUCCCUAAUCUUCUUCAGCUCGAAGGAACAGAGAAUGCUGUGUACCUGGAUGUGCUUCGGCUGUUUGCACACGGCACAUGGAGUGAUUACAAGAGUAAUGCCGGUCGUCUUCCACAAUUGGUCCCUGAUCAAGCGCUAAAGCUAAGGCAGUUAACUGUUCUUACACUGGCUGAGACAAACAAGAUACUACCAUAUGAUCAGCUAAUGCAGGAGUUAGAUGUUGCAAAUGUACGUGAACUCGAAGAUUUUCUCAUUAAUGAGUGCAUGUAUGCGGGCAUAGUAAGAGGAAAGUUGGACCAGUUAAGAAAAUGCUUUGAGGUCCAAUUUGCUGCAGGGAGAGAUCCGAGACCUGAGCAACUUGGGAGUAUGAUCCAAACACUAUCAAACUGGUUGGUUACGUCAGACAACCUUCUUAUCUCAAUUCAAGAGAAGAUGAGCUGGGCAGAUAAAAUGACUGAACUGAACAAGCAGCACAAAAAGGAAAUUGAAGACAAGGUGGAAGAUGUAAAGAGAGCAUAUUCUAUGAAGAAGUUCCACCCUGUAAGCAGGCCGACAGUGACUUCCGGGGGCAUGAGGAGAUCUACUCCGAACCUGGUGGAGUGAUGGACUAUGAGGAAGACCGAAGUCGACCAAAGAGGAGACGGCAUCCGAUAUAUAGAUGAGAGUUGAGAGGUUGUAAAAGGAAGUGUUUAGGCGAGUAUUAAUAGCCUAGUCUUUUGUUCACGGUGUUCCCAGACCUGUUGAUUUGUCCUCUUUGGUGACCAUAAUCUCAGAAAUUAAACUUUUUCUGAUUUAGGAUACUGUCUCAAACCCGUUAUUAUUGCAAUUGAAGUGUCAAAGUAUGAAGCCAGAUACCACAACUGUAAUACUAAAUUUUGUGAUGAAAUAUCACUUUGUACUGCA